AUGUAUAAUAUUAAUGAAGAAAAAAAAAAUAAUAUGAAGCAAGACCAGCUAGAAAGUGAUAAAUCAGAAAACAAAAACGUAGUUAAUGAAAUUCAUGCGACAAAUGUACCUGAAAAUUUAGUUUGUUUAAUUUGUUACGAUGAUAUAGACGAAAACAAUUAUAUUGAAUAUAAAACAGAUGAAUUUAGCAAAUGGUAUCCUAGUUCGUUUUGUUUAAAUUGCACAAAUAUUUUAUUAAAGACACAAUAUCAUCAAUAUAUUAAUAAUGUUCAAAAAUCGGAAUGCUUAAGAGAACAAACCAAUUUAUUACAAAUGGGACCACCCAUAAAUAUAAAAGAUAAAAAUGGAUUUCCUUUUUCAGAUGGUAAAGAAAUUUAUAGCCUUUGGUUUUUUUCUGACAAAAAAAUACAUUCAGCAAAAUUAGAUGGAAGCUUAGUUGGUGAAGAAAGAAUCAAAGUUUGGAAUGAAUUAAAAAAAUUUCUUAUAAAUGAUGAAACAAAUUAG